AAUUAAUGGCGUCUAAGGAAAUCACAAACAUAAUGCUAUUAUAUUAGCUGCUAAGUUCCUUUGUCAUUUUCAUGUAUUUUUGAACCUCAAAUUUUUAAACAAUAUGUCAGAUGAGGAAGAUUAUGAUUCAGAAGAUGAUCUUGAUUAUAUACCAGCGGCUGAAGAUGUAAGUGAAGAAGAGAAUUCUGGAGAAGAUGAGGAUUUGUCAGUUUUGGGUAACAAUGAAAAACUUACUGGGCCCAGACAGAAGAAACAACCAAAGAAAAAUGGUUUGGAACCCAGGAAACGGAAAGGUGGUAUUAAACUAGAUGAAGAAAAAACCACUGACAAAAAUAAAGAAACAGAAGUUGAUGAAGAAAAUGUGAAAUUAGCAAAGGAAAUAGAAGAAGAAAAACAGAAAAAGAAAGAAGUUAAUGAAAAGAAAAAGGCUGAUGAUUUAUGGAAUAGUUUCUUAACAGAUGUUAAACCCUCAUCUAAGAAAACAGUGACUGCUUCCUCGGGUUUAGGAAGUCUAUGUACACUUUCUAAGCAAAGUAAAGAAAGUGAAGCUUCACCAUCAGUCAGUAAAAGUGAUGAUGCGCCUAAUAAAACAGUAGAAAUUACCAAAGUUUUUGAUUUUGCUGGAGAAGAGGUCAAGGUAACAAAAACUGUAGCAGCAGAUUCCAAAGAAGCUAAAAAAGAAUUGAAAUCAAAAGAGGAAGAAAAAGAGGGAUCAACAGCCACUAAUUCUGGUGCUUCAGUAUUAUCAAAUAUUGGAAUAAAAAGACCAGCCAGUGGGGGUGGAUUAGGAGGUAUUCUCAGUAAAAUUGGAAAGAAACAAAAGAUCAGCGUCCUGGAGAAAUCUAAAAUGGAUUGGAAUAAUUUUAAGAAAGAUGAAGGUAUUGAAGAUGAAUUAAAAAUCCAUAAUAACAGUAAACAAGGGUACAUUGAACGAAUGAAAUUCUUGGAAAGAACUGACUUAAGACAAUUUGAAAUUGAGAAAAAUCUUAGACAAAGCAGUAAAAGAUCCUGAUAUUGAAAAUUAUCAAUUUCUUGCUUUAUGUGAAAUGGUUAGAGCACAAUCAGAAGAUAGUCCAAUAACUGUUAAUCUACAAUGUACGGUGUAUGGUCUAUUAAAUUAAAAAGGAUCAGCUUUUAUUGUCAGUUUUGCAGUGCUUUCAUAAAUAUUUCUUUAACAUCAUUAAAACAGUUUUGAUGGGAGAUGAAAGAAACGCUAGUAGAUUAUUGUGGAUUAAAAUAUGUGUGCUACCGGUAUUUGUUAAUUCUGUAAAAUGAAAUGUUUUAUUUGGUAAAUGUCUACAACAAAUCUAACUUAGACUUUACAAAGUGGAUGUAAGAAAUGUGAAUUUAUAAAAUAAAGAUUUUGUAUUUAAACAUC